AGGCACGUCGUAGCGUAAACCCAGGCCUGUCACGUGACAAGUAUCUUUGCUUCUCCCAGAUGGAGCCGGAAGAGGGGACGCCGCUUUGGCGGCUGCAGAAGCUGCCUCCGGCGCAGGGGGCCCGGCUUCUUCACAAAAUAAUUGAUGGUGUCUGUGGCCGAGCUUACCCUGUCCAGCAGGAUUAUCGCAGUGUUUGGAACUCAACGGAGUGGAAGCAUGUUCUAGAAGAUGUUGCCACGUUUUUCAAAACUGUAGUUGGAAAAAAAUUUUCUGAUGAGGAGAUACUCCAGCAGUUGGACCAACUGAAUUCAUGUCAUCAAGAAGCUGUUAUGAAAUGCUUAAAGAGUAGGAAAAAUGAGAUCCAGCAGGCCCUGUUAGGAGAAAUAGUUGAUAUUUCUUGUGGGCAGCUACAGGAUUUUGAUUGGCAGUUAAAGCUCGCGCUCUCUAGUGACAAGAUUGCCACAUUACAGAUGCCCCUUUUAAACCUGAAUCUGGAUGUGAAGGAAAAUGGUACCGUGAAACCGUACUCUGUUGAAAUGACGAGAGAGGAGCUGCAGAGUCUAAUCAGCUCCUUGGAGGCAGCUAAUAAGGUGUGUGCUCAAGUUGGAUCAUACAGUCUACAUGCUUAAGCAUCAAUCGACCCUGGAGGAGGAAGAGCAGAGCUGUGGCUGAGUUUUAGUGUGUCUCACUUCACUUUACGUCAAGCACAGGAAGCAUGUGCGUUCUCCUGCGGAGGCUUGACUAUUUUAGCUUCUGUCAUCUUCUCUCAGCUGUGUUUUAAGUUAAUAUUUCUG